GAAGCAAAGGACGGAGUGCGCCUUUCAGCCGCACUUGCAUUGUACCUGCACCUACGCUUCUCACCGGCAGGGCGGACGCAGACUCGAAGGGUGACGCGGACCGGGGUGGCACUUGAUCCGCUCGUCAUGGCCUAUCCGGGAUACGGAGGAGGGUUUGGAAAUUUUAUUGGUCAGAUGCCAGGAAUGCAGAUGCAGAUGGGACCGCCAGUGCCAGGAACAGGACCACAGGUGCUCCCUGGUGGAUACCCCGGACACCCAGCUUACUUGAACAAUUACUCCUCAGCUGAAGACCCCAUGUGGACAUACUUUACCGCUGUUGCUGGACAGGAUGGUGAAGUGGAUGCAGAAGAACUUCAGAAAUGUUUGACACAGUCUGGAAUUAGUGGAACUUAUUCUCCCUUCAGUUUGGAAACCUGCAGAAUUAUGAUUGCCAUGUUGGAUAGAGAUUACACAGGAAAAAUGGGAUUUAAUGAAUUCAAAGAACUUUGGACAGCUCUUAAUGCCUGGAAACAAAAUUUCAUAACUAUUGAUCAAAACCGAAGUGGCACAGUGGAGCAUCAUGAGUUGAAUCAAGCCAUUGCUGCUAUGGGUUAUAGGUUGAGUCCUCAAACCUUAAGUGCUAUUGUUAAACGUUAUAGCAAGCAUGGCAGGAUCUUCUUUGAUGAUUAUGUGGCUUGCUGUGUGAAGCUUCGGGCUUUGACAGAUUUCUUUAGGAGAAGAGACCACUUGCAACAAGGAGUUGUGAAUUUCAUAUAUGAGGAUUUUUUGCAGGGCACGAUGGCAAUUUGAAUAUCUAGAAUUUGAAAACUAAAGAAAUACUGUGAAUGUUUCUGCUUGGAAGAAAUGAACUGGAAUACUUUAAAUUAAAGCUUUUGGGGCUUUUCAUGUUUCUACCUAUUAAAUCUAUUCCCUUUAUAAUAUACAUAUAUAUAUAUUAUACAUCUAGUAAAAUGUGUUUUUAUUUUAAUGCACAAUUCAAAGCAAUAAAAGAGAUGCUUUUGUAUUUGGGAUGUUUUUGCUUUUAAAGAAGUUUUCUCUUGAUGGAUAUCUGUAUAAUGUCAUCAAAUAUUGGUAUAUGAUUAAUUGAUGUAUAUAUGUCUUGCCUUAAUUUGAACAAUAUAAACUUGGAAGAAUGUACUUAUGAGAUUAUAUAAGAAACUAAAUGAUGAGAGCCUAGCUAACACUGACUUAAACUUAUCUGAAGGUUACAGAUUUUGCUUUCAGGUUUUGUUUGUAGUUGUUGGUGUUUGAAGGUAAGCUAGAGGGGCAGUCCUGGAUUUCGUGCCAUAUUCGUCAUAGGGUUUGUUCUUAUUCACAUUAUCAGAGAACAAACUCCCAGAUCUUUAACUGUGAAGAAUAAAAUUGUAGUUCCUAAAAUUUUAUCUUAAAUCAUCUUAGGUGGAGCAUAAAAUAACCUAUAGUGAAAUAAGACUACAGGAGACAUCAUUUUUCUUUUUUUAUUCAAUAUAUUGUAUAUUUUUCUUCAACAUGUCUUAUUGUUUUCUAUGGGAAAAAAGUUCUUAAUAAACAACUUUUCUCUCUGAA